UUACUGGCCAUCUUCGACUCGCUGGCACUGAUCGCUAAACUCCUAUUCUUGCGGUUAACGUUCCACGACGUCGACUUGGGAGACGCAGGUUGCAAGAUCAUCAGUUUCUUCGGGAGUUUCCUGGACCAGUUUUCGGUGUGGAUUCUGGUCUUGUUGACAAUAGAGAGGUUCGUAGCCGUGUGGCUUCCACUAAAAGUCUCUUGUUGGUUCACCAUGUUCCGAGCCCGUAUCGCCGUCAUUGUAACGGCAAUUUGCCUCCUUCUCAUCAAUUCUAACAUUCUUUUCACGCUCCGACAAGUGGAACACGAGGGAGGCAGAGACUGCUAUUUCCAUGCAGAGUACGAGUUUUUUGUCAAACGGGUUUGGUACUGGCUGGAAAGCUGUCUCUCUGCUAUAUUACCUUGUCUUAUCCUAACCGUCUUGAACUACCUCAUUAUCUGCCGCAUGCGGACAUCCAUGGACAAACAGAAAAAGAUGCUGUCAGGAGUCGAAAAUCCUAACACGACAAAGCAGGCACACAAAACUCACCUCACCGUCAUGCUCGUGACUGUGUCCGUCUCAUUCGUGAUCAUGGUCUUGCCUUUAGCUGUUUUCAACGUGUUCCGUGGCACCUGGGACAUUUCCACGAGUACACACGAGAGGGCCAAGUUUUUCAUGACGGCCGAGAUCACCCAUUUAUUGGCCGACUGCAAUCACGGCUUAAAUUUCCUGUUCUACUUUUUAAGCAGCAGACGCUUUCGCCGUAUGUGUUGGAUGAUCCUACGCUGUAAAACCUAUUAUCCAAUGUACACAGGAACAACACGGAAUUCUUAUCUGAAAUCCACAACUUCAACUACAAAUACAUAUUACCUUCAUACAUCCAUGCGGACAAACAGUGGGAUAUGAAAAGCCGCUUUAAAAUGUUGAAGAUAUAUCAUGUGAAGCAAAUAUCAUGCAAGGUCCAAGAUAAAGCCGUUUUCAAAUAUUAUCUCAAAGUUUGCUGAACGAAAACAAAGAGUAUCAAGCACUUGAGUAAUUUACGUUAGUAUUUUUACAGUGAAUGCCACAGGGACAAGGUCGCACAACGUUGUCAAGCCAGGCAUGUGCUGGACUGGUGAUUUUUGUUCUGUGAGUGGAUAAUUAUACGAGCCUACUUGAGGUCGUUGCAAUGUUAUAGGAUGUACUGUAUCGAGUGUGCAAGAUAUGAAAAAUGAUGCCCACACUAUGUAGAUACGUGUACAUUUUACUUUUAAAUGGCCGUGAUGUGAACGUUUUGCCUCCGACAGAACUGAUGUGCCCACCCUGUAAAACCCACGACGGAACUACAAAACUAACUUUGCUACUAUUUCACAUGACGGUGGACAGCAGUUUCUUUACCCGUUUUCAGCAGGAUUUCCGCCCAUUGAUCGGUGGCCAACGUGUGUUGAAUUUUAUCAGCGUUCUUUUUCCACAGAUUGUGUCACUGGAUUACAAUACUUUCUCUCCCAGUUUACUGCACCGGUAUUACAACAACCAUAUCAAACAUUUUAGAUACAUCUAUUGUGCUUGAUGUCGGGCUGGCUUCUAAUACAAACUAAGCUGAUGGGCUGCUUAUUGGCCAGUCGAGGUUUUGCAGUAGGUUGUGUCUUAUCGGAUCAAACAACAUUUAUUGAUUGAACGAUAUGGCUGUCGUGAUACGUUACAUCCUCUGGUAAAUGGGAUGUUACAUGUGAUAAACCGUAUUACUCAGUUGGAUGUUUUUGCAAACUCCGGCGUUUUCCCUUCGUAGGCCUUCUUAAAGUUUAAUGAAAGACGGCGUUUUAUUUGUGAUCAUUCUGU